AUGUCAUCCGAUGUAGGCCCGCCGGGGUCAGUCCGCAAGCGCCCGCGGCCCGUCAUUUCGUGCCUGCGCUGUCGCGAGAAGAAGCUCAAGUGCGACCGCGUCAGCCCCUGCGAGAACUGCUCCAGGGCCGGCUGCGCGCCCAACUGCGUCUUCCUGCAUGGAACCCCCGCUGCGAGCGAGCCUAAGCGCGCAAGAUCCGGGUCUGCCGCUACCCCUGAGCAGAAUGGGCCGCCGGGGACUUCUGGGGGGACGGGGGCCGGUUCCGGGGUUGGGCUGAUUGAGGAUCUCCAGCAGCGGCUGAAGAGGGUCGAGGAGAUGCUGAAUAUCGGCUCGGAGAAGGCGCUUUCGGUCAGCGGUGGACUACCGGCUCGCACUGCGAAGGUCGGAAAGAGGCAGGUCGCUGACUCUGGUCGGAGGUAUCCGGGGACGCUGGUCGUCAAGGGGACGAGGACUCGGUACCGUGGCCAGAACGACCGGAUGGCGCUGAUUCAGGAGUUCGAAGGAGCAAAGGACUUGGUCGGUGCGUGUACGCAGGAUGAUGCGAUCUUCAGAGUCGCGAAGGAGGUCCAGUUCCUGCAGCGCAGGUCCACCAUGCCGGUUGAGACCCCGGACUCACAGCCAGACCUGGACGCCUCUGUGGAGCUGCAGCAGAUGGAACAGAACAUGCCAUCAAUGGAAGUGUGCGAUAAGCUGAUGGGAACGUAUGCGACCAACUUUGAAGACGCAAUGCGCGUCUUUCACAUCCCGACGCUGUACCGGCAGUAUGCCGACUUCUGGAGCAAUCCUGACCGGGGCAGUGAGCACUACGCCAUGUUCGUACCGCAGUUGACGGCUAUCAUGGCUGCGACUGUUGCAUUGGUAGAUGAAGAGUUCCAGCAGGCGUAUCCAGCUGCUGUGGAAUACCUGACGAAACCUGCAAUCAACCUCGUCCGCUCGUGGCUGUCGAAGCUAUCGCGGAAGCAGCGGACGGAACUCACGAACCUCCAGACUGAAGCGCUUGUACUGUCAGCUCGCUAUAUGCACUUUGAGACACCAGAGGAGGUGUGGCGGAUAACGGGUGCUCUCGUGCGCUCGGCGAUGGUGAUGGGCCUGCAUCUGGAUCUCAGUGCAUACACAGACCUGUCAGUCUUCCAGAAGGAACUGCGGCGUCGACUGUGGAUUACCAUCGUCGAGCUUGACCUGCAAUCGUCCAUCAUGUCCGGCAUGCCAAUUACCAUCCCCGACAUCGACUUCACUCCCCUCAUGCCACUCAACAUCUGCGAUGUCGACUACCACCCAGACAUGACCGAACUGCCCCCCGCGAAACCAUUCACCGAAUGGACAGACACCCUCUCACAAAUCGCCCUCGCAAUGUCCCUCUCAGCACGCAUCCGCGCAAUGGCCAUGGUGCAAACCCCCGGCCCAAACCUCAACCUCGACGACGCAAUGGAACAAGGCCGCCGGAUAGCAGAAUGCCUGCGCCAAAUCCCCCCUCCACUGCGCCUCGACCCCCCGGCCGUCCCCGACGACCCAGCUCCCCAACUCUUCAACCGUGUCCGUCUAAACCUGUACAUCCGCCGGCCCCUCAUAAGUCUCUACCGCUCCAUCAUCAAGAAAUGCGGCGCGUCCGAAACCCCGCCAGAGGUGUGGGACACCCUGCUCAGCUCCUCCCUCUCCGUCCUCUCCUACCUCGACUACUUCGACCCCUCAGUCUCCGACAUCGACUACCACAACCUCCCGGGCUACUGGCACCUCUUCCAAACCUUCUGCCGGAACGAUAUCCUACAAGCCGCGCUAAGUGUCUGCGCAUACAUGAGGCUAGCGCCAAGCCCCUGGCGUGCAUCACAUAGUAAAGCGAAUCUCAUCCGCGCCGUCGAAAGCGCACUUGACGGCAUGGCGCGCACGACUGAUAAACCAGGCAGCGAGUUAAAAGAUAUACUGCUCCUCUCUGUGGUGCUGAAUUUGGUGCGUGCGCGCGGCUCCGAGGAGGACCAGAAGGAGAUUGUCAAGCAGGGCGUGCUUAAGGCCAUGAUGACUUGUCGUGAACAUUUGGCUUCGACGGUGGGGCAACCACUGCCACAGCAACAGCAGCAGACGCAGUUUGUUCAGAAUGGAGCACAGGUGCAGGAUCAGAUCCAUUCUGCAGCGCAGAGCCAGGCUCAGACUCAGCCUGAUACUCAGAUGGCUCAGGUGACUCCACAGAUGCACCCAUCCCAUAUAUUCACGCCGAAUGCCCCCGCCUACCCGUCUGCGUCUAUGGCUGAAAUGCCAGACUUCCUGGGCGACGACCCCGUGCUGGCCGCGGAGUUUAAUAACUUCAUGGUGAACCCGUUCGGGUUUGAUGAUGGGUCUUUCGGGGGGUUCUUUGGGAAUAUCUAA